ACGGUGUUGGGAAGAGUACAUUAAUAACGUCGCUUAUAAAGGAGACUUUCGUUCCAAAUCAUGUCGUCCCGGAAGUCACAAUUCCACCAGAAGUUACUCCAGAAAACGUAAUUACACAUAUUGUCGAUUCAUCUGCACGUCCGGAACAUCGUGAACAGCUUGAACUAGAAAUCAAAAAAUCCCACGUUAUAUGCAUCGUCUAUUCUGUAGAUGAUCAGCAUACAUUUAACCGCCUUGCAUCAUAUUGGCUACCAUAUAUUAGAGGCCUUGGGGUGAAUGUUCCUGUUGUGCUAGUAGGUAACAAGAUUGAUCUCCGAGGUGAUCAUGUAGCUAAUCAAUCUCUGGAGGAUGAAAUAAUACCGAUUAUGAAUGAAUUUAAAGAAGUAGAAACAUGCGUCGAAUGUUCUGCAAAGCAGCCAUUAAACGUGUCCGAAGUUUUUUAUUUUGCACAGAAAGCUGUACUUCAUCCAACCGCACCCUUGUACGAUUCUAGAGAACAUGUCUUGAAACCAGCAUGUAUUGAUGCACUUAAACGUAUCUUCAAUAUUUGUGACAUCGAUAAGGAUGGUGUACUGAAUGAUAAUGAGCUUAACGAUUUUCAGCGGAAAUGCUUCAAUGCUCCACUUCAACAACAAGAACUUGAAGGUGUCAAAGAGGUUGUGAGAGAGUAUGAGCCUAGUGGUGUUAAUGAAGUGGGCUUAACCGAACUUGGUUUUUUAUUCCUUCAUACACUUUUUAUACAACGGGGUCGGUUAGAAACUACGUGGACAGUUCUACGAAAGUUUGGCUAUGGUGAUGAUUUAUCUUUAAGAGAUGAUUUUCUCUUUCCUCCAUUUGAGGUUCAACAUGACUCUUCCGUAGAAUUAAGUCCCAAUGGAUAUCAAUUCUUUGCAGACAUAUUUCAAGUUUAUGACAAAGAUAAAGAUGGUGCGUUGAAAGAUAGCGAAUUGGCUUCGCUUUUUGCCACGACGCCUGGUAAUCCAUGGACGAAUUCUGAAUUUCCUAACACCACAAUCACAAAUGAGGCAGGUGCAGUUACAUUACAGGGGUGGCUGGCACAAUGGAGCAAUUUAUCAACAGUCAUGGGUCAAUAUUUAGAUUUAAAAAAAAAUUUAUCUGAACAUCCUCUUAAAAUAACGAUUAGUAUGACAACGCUUCUCGAUUACAAGACGACAUUGUCAUACCUGGCAUAUUUGGGAUUUGAUGGUGAUACGACGGCAGCUCUAAAAAAAACGAAAUCAAGAAAGAUAGACAAAAAGCGAAACAAGGUGCAAAGGAAUGUAUUUUUGGUAUAUGUUUUCGGUUCAGCAGGUUGUGGUAAGACGUCGUUGCUGAGAGCAUUUGUAAAUAAGCCUUUUGCAGAUAGCUAUACGCCAACAACUAGACCUUUUAGUCUAGUAAAUUCUGUUGAAAUCAAAGGGGAAGAAAAAUAUUUGGUGCUGCAAGAAGUCUGUUCGAAAUAUGAAGCCGAAAUAUUUCAAAAUAAGCGCAAAUUAGAGAUGUGUGAUUUGCUUUGCUUUUUAUAUGAUUCUAGCGAUGCGAAUUCCUUUUCAUAUAUUGUUGAGCUUAGGAAGCGGCACAAUUUAGAUGAUUUCCCAACCGUAUUUGUUGCAACAAAGAGUGAUUUAGAUUUGGUUCAGCAGAAUCAUGAGGUUCAGCCGGACGUAUAUUGUCGAAGCUUGGGACUUGCUGUUCCAUUGUGUUUAUCAGUAAAAAAACAACAAACAGCAGAUCUAUGGAAUCUAAUGACUGGGUUGUCUAUAAACCCAGCCAUAGCUACCCCAAGGCUCGCGAAUGCUUCAAACUGUGCAUCGAGACUUAAACGAUAUUUGACAUUCACGGCUGUGAUGGGAGCGGUAAUGGGGGCCGCAUUUUUAGGAUAUCGGCUAUUUCAGCAUCAGCGAGGGUUUGGGGGUAUAACAAAAAGAGACAUACUAUAA